GUGUGUUAGGAGUUUGUGCAUGUGUGCAUUCUGUACUUGUGUGUCUGUGUAUUCUGUGUGCGUGCGUUAGGAGUGUGAGCAUGUGUGUUUACUAUGUGUGUGUGUGUGUGUGUUGAGUGAGAGAGAGUGGGUGUAUUAGAGGAAGUGGAGAGGGUAGAAUAUGAGACGAACUCAAGAAGAGAAGUCAGAGAAGAGGAGAGCUAAGGAAGCGGAUUGUUGCUGACUUCCUGUGAUGUAACUUCCUCUAAGAAUCAGUCUGUCUUGGCCAGCAGGUGAAAGUAUCCCUUUGGCACGCCCCUGCUCAGUCUGCUGUCUCUAUUGGAUGAGCUCACCUGUCAGUCCCUGCAUGAGUUCCAGCCCCCCGGGAUGUGGCUGAUAGCUGCCGACCUCUGACACAAACACACACACACACACACACACACACUCACAAACACAAACACAUGCAAAUACGCACACACACAAGCACGCACAUUCGCACUAUGAGCACUCCGGCUGAGGUGGUACAACCAUCACGUGCUCCGACCAGACCUCAGAGUCGUCUCCUGGACAGGCGGGGCUCCAACUUGUCACUGCUGUUGGAUGUGACCAGCUUGGGGGAGGAGCCUGUGUGUUCUGUCUCCACCCCCAAGGAGGUGUGGCUACAGCUUUUACACACUGCCUCACGACCACUCACACACACAGAGCUGCAGCUGGCCGCCCUGGACACAACCACAUUGAACACAGAAUACCAGAAAAUUCCUCCAAACUUUGUGAACUCUGAAGAACUUAACAUCCCCGGGCACGCAAUCAAGGACCGCUACAAAACCAUCCUGCCUAACCCUGACAGCCUGGUGGUCCUCGGGAGCCUACAGGAAGAGGCGGGACCGGAGGGGGCGGGACCGGAGCGCUACAUCAACGCUAACUACAUCCGGGGCUACAGGGGGGCCCCGAAGGCCUACAUAGCGACCCAGGGUCCGAUGCUCCACACCCGGGGGGACUUCUGGGACAUGGUGUGGCAGGAGGGGAGCCGGGUGAUCGUCAUGGUGACCAGACUGAAGGAGGACAAGGAGAAAUGUGAGCAGUACUGGCCAGCCCCAAGAGGAGGGGAGGAGGAGGAGGAGGAGGAGGAGGAGGAGGAGGAGGAGGAGGAGGAGGAGAAGCAGAGAGUGAUGGAGAGGGCUUUUGGAAGGUUUCUCCUCAGAGUGAUUGACAGGAAGAUGGAUGAGCAUGUGACCGUCACUGACCUCGAGAUACAGCUGUCCUCAGAACGCCGUGUGGUCAGACAUUAUUGGUUCACGUCUUGGCCGGACCACCAUGUCCCAGAAUCCACUGCUCCUCUGCUGCGAUUGGUGGAGGAGGUGGAGACUUAUAACAAGUCCCUCCCACCAGCCAGCAAGCCAAUCAACAGCCCGGUACCAACGUGUCAACCAAUCAUUGUUCACUGCAGUGCGGGGGUGGGGCGGUCCGGCUGUUUCCUGGCCGCCAGCCUGUGCUGCCAGCAGCUCAGAGAGACAUCUCAGCUCGACGUCCUGGAGACUGUUUCCCAGCUGCGCCUCGACAGAGGUGGUAUGAUCCAGACGGACGAGCAGUACCUGUUCCUCUACAGCGUGAUGGCCCAGUUCAGCAGGCAGCUCACACUCUGCCCGGAGCAGGAGACCCCGACCCUGGACCAGGUCCAGAGCAGACCCGUGGACCAGGACCUCCUGGGACCCCCAGACCUCCUUCUGACUCCCCAGCUCCAGGGUCUCACGCUGGAAGCUCCCCCACUGAGGAACCCUGGAGAACAGAUGGAGAACCCCCCUGGGGGUCCGGAGAACCCUGGAGAUCCCGGGAGACCAACCUAGACCCACUUAGAGCCCAAGAUGACCCUAAAGACGAUCUACACCCACCCAGAGCCCAAGAGGACCCUGAAGACCAUCUAGACCCACUUAGAGCCCUACCCUGAAGACCAUCAGCCCCACUUAGACCCCUACACUGAAGACCAUCUAGACCCACUUAGACCCCUACACUGAAGACCAUCUAGAGCAGGGGUCUCAAACUCGCGGCCCGGGGGCCAAUUGAGGCCCGCGGGAUGAUAUUUUGUGGCCCCCUACGUAACAAAGUGUUAGUGUGGCCCGCGUGUUGUUGUCAAACGCACAUUUUUGCUGAGUCGCUUGCCACGCUUUUUUAUCACUUGUGAUAGGGUGACCAGAUGUCCCAGUCCUGCCGGGACAGUCCCAAUUUUGAGUUGCGUGUCCUGAGUCCCGACAAAAGCCAAAGGAAGCUUAAAUGUCCCGGUUUCCACCAACCACUAUGAAAUGUCCCCUGUUGUCAGCGAUUACAUAGCCAAGAUGAUCUAAUUAUAGCCUGAUCAUUAACUUAGAUUGGGACAGUUGUGCUACUUUUUUUGUGGAAUACUUGAUGUGGCACAGCCUGACCUAGACUCUACCUCCAGCGGCCCCCAGGUAACCAGGAGACCCCUGAUCUAGACCCACUUAGACCCCUACCCUGAAGACCAUCUAGACCCACUUAGACCCCUACCCUGAAGACCAUCAGCCGCACUUAGACCCCUAGAGGACCCUGUUUCUACUGAUGAAGUACGAUGUAUCUAGAGAUGCUACAAUACCACUUUUUUCCUUCCGAUACCAAGUAUCGGCCGAUAAAGAGUUUAUACCGAUACAGGCAGCAUCUAGCAUUUUAACCAACAAUAGCCCCUGUUCUUAUUGAAGGGUUCUCUUACGAUGACAGCAAAUUAUAGUCGGUUCAUUUACAUUUAUAAUACACCAUUCAAAUAAUACAUUCGUUUAGUUACGAGUUUCCCAUUCCGACUUUCCAUCGUUAACGAACGCAGCAUAACACUGCACGUGUUUGUGAUGUUCUUUCUCUGAUGUCGUGUGACGGUAUUGGAUCGGCACAAUGACUUAGACGGCGUACUCGCCGGUACCCGGAUGUAUCGGAGGAAUUUCCGAUGCUGGUAUUGGUAUCCGGAAAACUCUAAUUGUAUCUAUUGCUAAAGGACAUUGUAUCUAUUGAUGAAAUUUAUUAUAUCUAUUGAUAAAGAACAUUGUAUCGAUUGAUGAAAUUCAUUGUAUCUAUUGAUAAAGAUCAUUGUAGCUACUGAUAAAGUACAGUGUUAAAGUACAUUGUAUCUAUUGAAAUGGGUGGAGGGCGACAUCUGGUGUUGAAUUCGAGUCACUC